AGCAUCUCAAUGACAAAGGAGAAAUCUCAAUUCAAAACUUGAAUGACAUGAAACAAAGCAAACGUGAAUGAUUUUCCAGGAUCAAAACGCACGAAGAAAAAGAGCCAACAAUAAGGAGGACCACAUUGAAAUUAAAUCUUACGUCCAAGCCAUCCUGCCAAGGGGAACAAUUUCUCCCCCGUGAAUUGGUAAUGGAAGCUUGCUUCAAAUAACAUUUACACACCAACGAGAGGUUGGAUCAAGUGGUAAGCGGCUUGUUCCAGCUUAAGCAAGGUCUCGAGUUCGAGUCCUUGUGAAUGCAGCAGCCCUCGCUGGGAGACUCACCAACCAUUUCCAGGUGCGCGACACGAGUCGGGUCUGGAUUAGUCGGGGCGAAGCCUCGGAUACCGGACGGGAAACCAAAAAAUAACAUUUACACAUGCUUUAAAAAAGUAACCCAACACACACAUAUGCAAAGAGAUAAACGGAUUAAGGCUCCGUGGAAGGGAAAGUCAUAAAUGAUAGGGUCACAGGAGGAGAAAUUCUGGUAUAUCCCGGAGACACCACUGAUGAGGUAUCCCGGACCAACUGAAAAACAGCAUUUCAGUUUUUCUUUUUACACAUCAUCAAUCACCCAAUGGGAAAACACUGAAGUGGUGGCCUUCUGUUGUUCCGGGAGACCUUUAGAAGGUCUCAUCCACUGCCCAUAAACACCUUUAGGUGCUUCAUCUGAUCACAGCACCCACAAAUCCCUUUAUUUAUCAAAAACCAAAACCAAAGAUUAAAUUAAGGGUUUAGCGUCUGUAACAAUCAGUUCAUUCAUAUAUUAUCUCACUGAAAUCCGCUAAGAUAAUUUGAAUUAUCAUCAUGAGUCUCAUUCAAAUCUUGGGAAAACAAGAAAAAAUUCAUUAAAACAAGAAAAAAAAAAUUAUUCAGCCCGGUUUAGGAAAAUCCUGAAAGUAGAUUCAUGAAGGGUACUCAAGCAGCCAAGGGCUUGCUCCUCAACUUCGAGAGAAAGAAACCUGAUUAGAAACUCUGGUCCACAAAAAUUGGAUCAUCACAACACUCUUCAUGAACCGAGAAACAUAUUUUUCCACCCAAUCACUUAAUUUGCCAUUCAAGAAAUAUAGGCACUAACUGAUUCAAGAAAUGCAGGAAGACUAAAUAUUUAUUGCACUAAUGGAUCACUUUACCAUGGUAGCUUUGAAGCACCUUUCAUAAUUGGGCAAGUUCUUUAUCGUCACUUUCAAAAAUAACUCUCAGCCCAAUUGUAGCAUCCAGUCCAACCACAGAACAGAGUACCAAUGUUUUCAGCUGCAAUUACCAGCUCGAAACUGUACCAUCAAUCACAGCACAUCUAAUGUCUCUUAUGAGUGAGCAUUAUCUCUAUUACACGCAAGAACCACAAUCAGGUAGCAGUCCAAGAGGGAUUAUAGGAUCAACAGUGUACCAAACAAAUUUUCCCCACCAUUUGACAAGGUUUUAAAAAAAAUGACAUGUGGCAUCAACUACUGAUGCUAAAACACCUCCAGAUUUCUGGUCUCCCAUAUAUACCAGCAGAGACGCGAUUUCCAACAAGAACCAACCUUAGUUAUGUUUUACCCCAAUGCUAAGUACCGUGGAGGAACACUCAAUUCAGCUAAAAU